AUGCAUAGCAACCGAGCACACCAUCUGCUUGAGCAGGUCCCUCUAACGGUAUCACCCUUCGUCUCUCUGCCGACAGCCACCACUCUCUCGUACAACUACAAGACGCUGCCUUCCAACAUCCCCCCCUCACAACUGGGCAUCCCCAACGCUUCCGACGAUCCUUCAUCACAGCCCAAGCCGAAGUAUGUCGUCUCAAACUCGGGCCAUGCCGCCCAUCCAGACGACAUCAUCGCUUCCUGUCAGGCUCUGCAGGCGCACAUUGCCAAGAUGCAAGAAGAUGCGGAACGAGACCUCAGAGAGCUGGAGGAGCGCAUAAGAGAGAGGGAACUGGCUGAGAAGAGACGGCUGGCGCCUGGGUGGCUUGAUAGCGAUGCGCGACUGUUGGAGCCUGAGAGAGCUGGGCCUGCGCAACAGACGGAGCCGAGUCCGCCGACUUCGAACGGGCAGAGCGAUCGGGGUGGUAGUGGUGAUGUUUCGAGCGAUGAGGGCGCCCAGCUGGAUCGGGCUUUUGGUGAUAUGGCGCUGAGAUGA